AUGGCGGCCUGCGCGGCGGCGGCGGCGGCGUCCCCAGGCGAUGACUUGUUGCUGCCGUACUUCCCGGCCCGCCACGGCCCCCGGCACCACCACAGGUUCGUCAGAGACUGCCAGCCCCUCCGGCACGGCAACGUAACGUACGAAUCCUGGCCCAGCGACGACAGCGCAGAUGUCCCCGUGGCCACUACACGAACGUUUGUUUCUUACGUCCCCUCUGUGGGUGAGAAUCGGAAAGUGGUCUACGGCCACUUCACUUUUGUGAGAAACCCCCUGAAAACCUUCUCUGUGUUAGAGCCCGGCGGCGCAGGAGGCUGCCAGGCUCACCGCAGAGCCCCUGUGGAAGAGACCGCAAAGCUUGGGAAGUGUCUGGUGGCCCAAAACGGCGGGUACUUUGACAUGGGAACGGGGGAGUGUCUUGGGAACGUUGUGAGCAAUGGAAGGCUGGUGAGAAACGCCAGAGGCCUGCAAAACGCUCAAUUCGGCAUCCGGAAGGAUGGCACCAUGGUGUUCGGUUACCUGUCUGAGGAAGAUGUCUUGGAUCAAGUGAACCCUUUUGUGCAGCUUGUGAGCGGGGUAGUUUGGCUCUUGAGAGAUAGGGAAGUGUACAUCAAUCAGAGUCGAAUGGCUGAGUGUGGUGAAACUCAAACCACAGGAACCUUUGACAAGUUCAUCAAUGUGAUAUCAGCCAGAACUGCGGUUGGACAUGACAGUCAGGGACAGCUGGUGUUGGUUCACGUGGAUGGACAGACAGAAUCCAGAGGGCUUAACCUCUGGGAAAUGGCUGACUUUUUGAGACAGCAAGGAAUCAUCAAUGCUAUCAACCUGGAUGGUGGAGGCUCUGCAACACUGGUCUUAAAUGGGACCCUUGCAAGCUACCCAUCAGAGCACUGCUCCUUUGACAAUAUGUGGCGUUGCCCUCGGAGCAUCUCAACAGUUAUGUGUAUUCAUGAGCCAGCCUGCAAGCCUGCAGACUGCAACGGUCACGGAGACUGCGUGCAAGGGAGAUGCAGCUGUUUUGGGGACUUCUGGAGAGGCCCUGCCUGCGACAUCUUGGAUUGCGGCCCUUCCAACUGCAGCCUGCACGGCACGUGCACUGACUCUGGAUGCCUGUGUGAUGCUGGCUGGACUGGCAGCAACUGCAGUGAAGUUUGUGCUAGUGGUUUCUAUGGGGAUGCUUGCACCCAAAAAUGCCUGUGCCAGAAUGGUGGCCUGUGCGACCCUGUGCAUGGCGCCUGCUCUUGCCCAGCUGGGUACUACGGAAUCAGCUGCGAACAAGCAUGCCCCAUGGGCUGGUAUGGGCCAAACUGCCAGAAACUAUGUGCAUGCGAACACAUGUGUCCCUGUGACCGAGAGACAGGCAGCUGUAACAUCACCUAUGAAUUGGCAAUUCAGGACCAGUUAAACAAAGCUGGGCGAUGUCUGGCUUCCCGAAGCAAAGAAAAAUUCUCUCUGUCAGAAAGAACCUGGAUUGCCAUCACUGUCAUCUUGGCUCUGCUUCUUGCAGUUAGUGCUCUGGGAAACAUAGGCCUUUUGCUCAAAGCAAGAUCAGAGAGGCAACAGGAAAGUGGGGACUACCUCUACCACCCCCUGAGGGAGAUGAACGGAGAAGCCAGUUAUACUUCUGCCUGUGAGACAGAAGAUGCUCAGGACCAAAGUCAGGCACUCCUUUAAGGUCGUGGCUGCAAAGAAACAUAAGAAGCCUGUGUGCUCUGCUUAGCUGUGUGACCUGCCCCUGAAGGACCAGAACCCAUGUUGUCCCCAUCUGGAGAAUGGGAGAGUGCAACAGCCCAGUGUGGCAGGCACAACACAGCCUAGCAGCAGGCCUGGACUCAGCUCCAUCCCAGUCUGAUCAACGUGUGCUUUACCACCACUGGGCUGUCCUCAAACAGCACAGUCUUCAUAGCAAUGAGCAACAGCCGCUGUAAGAACUGCCCCUACCUCCCUCCUCAGAGAGGAUGGCUGACACUGGGGAGCUGAGACCAUGUUCAGUAAGUAUUUCAAGCAGUCCAAGGUACGGAACAUCUCAGCUGGGAAUCAGCCAUUUUGCUAGAAUACAUCCUUGCACAAUACAUUCAAGAGUACAUAUUUAAGUUUGCUUCCGUGAGAAGAAAACUAGCCUUUAAUAUGCUACUUUAGUACUGCAAAUUAGGUUUUUUAAAGCCUAUCUGAGCCUGAAUAUUAAAAUGUUGUAUGCACUCUAUUUUUAUCUCUUCAAGCAAAGGAUAUGUAAUUUUUAUGCCACAGUUGGCAUCAAAUCAACCUGUACACUGAAGAUUCUAUUUUUUUAUUAUUUACAAAGGACUAUUUGAAACUUGAAUAAACUCUAUUGGUAUUAACUGCCUGACAAUGGGAUUUUUAAUAAAUACUAAUUUGGGCAGGAUGAAAUAAUCCUUUCCCAGUUAAGCCCAGUUGGCCAUCUGAAUCCACCAAUCCCUUUCAUUUCAAAUAACCAGCUGUGUUGCAGAAUGUGUACCAGCCUACUUGGUGGUGUAAAAAUAAACAAAGAAUGCUGGUUCUACAGGAAAAUAACAAUUAAAGUCCUUGUUUUUUAAGGGCAGAAAUAACUGGAUACAAACAAGACUUACCUCAGUUUCCUUGGGUACUUAAAUAGACCAGCACAAAUGUUUUGGCUUUUCAAAAUUCACCACAAAUUUGAACAAUUCAGUUGCAUCAAACAAUUGGACAUGUUCUUUAGAGAUGCUUUAUUUCCAAGAUACAGAGAUGUACAGCUCCUACUAGAACCUACAAAUACUGUAACUAAGUACAUUUUUAGCAUCAGAUUUGUUGUCAAGUAACAUAUUACAAAGCACUUUGCAUUUUCCUAGUGUGCUCUUAAAGAAGGUUUGGUUUUUUUGGCUGAGAAAAAUCAAGGCUUUGAUAUAUAAAAAUAACAACAGCUGCAAAGUAGAGAAAUACAGUGCUUGCUAAAAAUUUAAUGCCCAUUUAAUUUAUAUGUACUAAUAGCUUGGGAGUGGAUGUUAAUGUUAUAAAAGCCAAUGCAUGUCACAUGAUACCAAUUUAGCCUUCCAAAAGAUAAUUAGGAAUAGGAAUUAUCACAAACAUGCACUAGAAGAAUAUUAAAGCUAAUAGCAUGCAGGUAUCUUUGACAAGUGCCCCUCAAUUUUAGU